AUGGGGUCUGUUCGUAGUGCUGGAUUUUGUUUAGAAAAUAGUUUACCGUUUCGUGGUCAUGACGAAUCUGAAAAGUCUCUUUAUAAAGGUAUAUUUCUUUUGGUUUUAAAGUUGAUUAGUGUGAACAACCCGGAUAUUGGUAAGUACACUUUAGGGAAGGCCAAGAAGAAUAAUAAGUUGACAGCUCCAUCGAUUCAAAAAGAGAUUGUCGAUUGCUAUGCGAAAGAAGUAACCAAAAUGAUUUGUGAAGAAAUUAAAGACGAUGUCUUUGGGUUGUUAGUAGAUGAGUCUAGCGACGUGUCUUUAAAGGAACAAAUGGACGUAGUUGUGAGAUAUGUCGAUAAGGUCGGAGUUGUUAAAGAGAGUUUAAUUGGAGUUGCUCAUGUGAGGAAUACAUAUUCUUUAACUCUUAAAGAAGCCAUUGUGUCUUUAUUAGCCGAUAACCAUUUAAGCAUAGAUCAAAUCAGGGGUCAAGGUUAUGAUGGUGCAAGCAACAUGCGGGGAGAGUUUAAUGGAUUAAAAGCUUUAAUUCUGAAAGACAAUCCAUCGGCACAUUACAUACAUUGCUUUGCUCAUCAACUUCAGUUAGUGAUUGUGGCUGUAGCAAAAAAGCAUGAUGGUGUUAAAGAAUUUUACGAAACUCUUGGCAUGGUUGUUAAUACGGUUGGUGCUUCUUGCAAAAGAAAAGAUAUGAUGUUGGAGGCAAAAAAAGAGAGAGUGGAAAACGAAAUUCUAGCGGGUGAAAUUAAAACAGGAAAAGGAUUAAACCAAGAGGUUUCCCUUGCCCGACCCGGAGACACACGAUGGGGUUCUCAUCAUAGAACCAUCAUAAGUUUGUUGAAAUUAUUUCCGGAAGUUGUUGAGGUACUUACUUUUAUUAAACAAGAUGGAGAGACCUUUCAACAACGAUCCAAUGCGUCAGGUAUUCUAUCAUAUUUUGAGAGUCUUGAAUUUGUGUUUUACAUACACUUGUUGAACGAUAUCUUAGGCCUCACAAAUGCUCUAUCAAAACUGUUGGAACCCGAAGGUUUAUUCAUGUAG